UAAUUUGGUAUUUUCACAAAAAUUUCAGUUACUUUCCUUCCAAGACAUGAUACUAGCCAAUCGAUUCUGCUACUGUAUGUCCCUGCGGGCGGGCUGCUUCAUUCUGUCCAUCAUCUCAGUUUUCGUGUGCAGCAUGCACAUUUACAAUUUCAAUGUCAAAAUGGGAGACAAUCAAACGAACAUUGACUCGGUGGUCUUUCCAGAGGGCGUCACCCAGAUACUGUUCAGACUUAUGCCCGAAUUUCUAACAAUUAUUGCCGUCUUUUUCCUGUUGACUGCCCUCACGACGAACCUCAUACAUCUGAUUUUGAUCACACUCACGUUCGAGGUCACCCAGUUGCUGUAUCAGUUUCUAUAUAGCAUUAUAGCCACGGCGCUCAACAUUAAUGUGACCGUCAGGAUGGGUGUCUAUUCGAGUGCGGUCUAUUGGGGCUUCAUUAGCGGCUGGAUCGUAUUUUCCGCAUAUUUUGUGUAUAUUAUUUUAUCGUACUACCAGAAAACGCUGGCCAUGAUGCAGCACGAAGUGUCAUACUGAAGGCAGUGGGCAUU